CAAUCAAAUCAAUGGUCCAAUCCCUUCCACUUUGGGUAAUUUAACUAAUUUGGAAGUUUUGUAUCUUGAUUCCAAUCACAUCAAUGGUUCCAUUCCCCCAGAAAUAGGAAACAUGAAGAAUUUGAAUACCUUGAGCCUCUCGAAUAAUAGCCUCAUUGGUCCAAUCCCUUCCGCUUUGGGUCAUUUAACUAAUUUGGAAUAUUUGUAUCUUGAUUCCAAUCACAUCAAUGGUCCAAUCCCCCCAGAACUAGGAAACCUUCAUUCGUUGGAAUAUCUUGACCUUGGUCAUAACUUUAUUAGUGGAGAAGCACCCAUUGAACUUGGGUUUAUUGACCAUUUAUGGAGCUUGAAUAUCAGCCACAAUAAUCUUACCGGCAAUAUUCCCGAUAAUUACUAUUCUAUUCAAACAGUCAACUUGUCGUAUAAUUCUUUGACAGGUCCAAUUCCAACAUAUUUUCAUCGAUACGAUACACUUGACACAUUAAUUGGCAACAAGUAUUUGUGCGGUGACUUCACGGGUUUCCCUCCUUGCCCACCAACUCGUAACAAAUCAAUUGUAACCAAAGCAAAAAUUUGUGUUCCCAUCGCCAUUUCCCUUGGAUUCUUAGUUCUUGGAGGCUUUCUCCUAUGUCGACGCAUAGUCAAGAAAGCCCAAUUUGAGUCAAGAAAAGAAACAAAGCAUGGGAACUUGUUCUCAAUAUGGAAUUAUGAUGGACAUAUUGCAUAUGAAGACAUCAUUGAAGCAACCGAGGACUUUGAUAUAAAAUACUGUAUUGGAGCCGGUGGUUAUGGCAGUGUUUACAAAGCAAAAUUACCAUGUGGAAAAGUGAUUGCCUUGAAAAAACUUCAUCGGUUGGAGGCUGAGAACCCAACUUUUGAUAUGAGUUUCAAAAACGAAGUAAAAGUGUUAACAGAGAUUCGCCAUCGAAAUAUUAUAAAACUUUAUGGGUUCUGUUUACAUAAGCGAUGCAUGUUUCUGGUUUACGAGUACAUGGAAAGGGGAAGCCUAUUUUGUAUCCUAAAUAAUGAUGUUGAAGCGAUAGAAUUGGAUUGGAGCAAGAGAUUGAACAUCAUCAAAGGCACUGCCCACGCUUUAUCUUACAUGCAUCAUGAAUGCAUUCCAACAAUUGUUCAUCGAGAUAUAACAAGCAACAAUAUUUUAUUGAACAAUAAACAAGAGGCUUUUGUCUCUGACUUUGGCACAGCUAAGCUCCUUGAUCCUGAUUCCUCCAACCAAACGUUAGUUGCCGGCACUUAUGGUUACAUUGCCCCAGUGGUGAAUCCAACGGAUAUGAGGAGCUUGGUUGUAAUGGGCUCCCUCAAAUUCCACUUCCCUCGAGUGGGUCUUCUCAAAAACGUCCCGAAACCCUACCCACGCUCUUCAGCGGUGAGCUGUGGCCUCAGGGGCGGACCCAGAAAGCCUCUGUUGAGGAAAAGCGUGCUGUCCUCUGAAGCCAUUCAAGCAGUCCAUUCCUUGAAGCUAGCCGGAUCAUCCGCACCCAGAUUGCAACAGGUUUUCAAUGCCAGCCUCACCAGGCUGUUGAAGGCAGACUUGUUGGACACCUUGGCUGAGCUCCAAAGACAAAAUCAUUUGUACUUGGCCCUUCAGGUGUUCCAAUUUGUGCGCAAGGAAGAGUGGUAUGAACCAGAUUUGCUCAUUUACUGUGACAUGAUUCUACUGUUGGGAAAGAACAAAUUGAUUGAAAUGGCUGAAGAGCUCUUUUCUGAACUAAAGAAAGAAGGCUUAGAACCCAACACAAGGGCUUUUGCUGAGAUGAUUGGAGCAUACAUGCAAGUGGGUAUGAUAGAAAAGGCAAUGGAGACAUAUGAAUCGAUGAAGGCAUCAGGUUGUGCCCAAGAUAGGUUAACGUUUAUGAUAUUGAUAAGAAACCUUGAGAAGGCUCGGUAAGAAGAAGUACCAACAGUGGUAAAGAAGGAAUGUGUUGAAUAUGUUGAUUCUCCUGAGAAAUUCCUUGAAGAAGUCGAACAAAAAUAUUUAAGAAAUUUAAGUAUGUCUCUUCAUUAAUAUAGGGAAAGAAAGCUGCAUUCUCUGACUGUUAUUUGAAGGAAAAUCCACAUCAGGCCAUUAGUUGCGAGUGGCCUAGUAUUACUUGCAAUGUUGCUGGAAGCGUCUCAAAGAUUGCCAUGCGCUCUGGUGGUUUCUAUUUGGGAGAGAUGUUAAAACUCAACCUCUCUUGCUUUCCAAAUUUAGUCCGCCUUGAUCUUCCAAUCACUAGACUUCAGGGAAAUAUUCCAGGGGAGAUAAGUACUCUAUCCAAACUCGCAUAUCUUGAUCUGUCUCAUAAUUAUCUAACAGGUCCAAUC